AUGGCCUUCCGUGUGUACACAGAGUUGGGCUCCGUUUCUGAAACAUCGACUAUCCUUCCGAAGUACUGCUUGGUGAAGGGUGGUGGGUCAGACAUGAAGCUCCAGAAUGACCAGGUGUGCCCAGAGGUUUUGGCAAUGGGCGUGGUUGGCUCGGCUGACCCUCAAGAUCGCCUGAUGAAGUUGGUGGAUCCUGCAGGACAAUGUCUGGAAGCUGGCAAAGACGGUACCUUCCCAACACUGAAACGUUCCUCUUGCGACUCUCAGAAGCCCAAGCAGCUGAUUUCACCCAUGGCGAUCCCAUCCUUGCUCUGGAGCAUGCAUCAGGUUGCGGACCGAAAUGCUCAACAAGACCUUCACUUGUCGUACUCCUCGUUUUGUGGAGCUCACGGUGCUUUGUCAAGCCUUGCCUUUCAGCAGAUCUUCGCAGGAGAGGGCAGAAGAAGAUCAGCAAGGCCACUGUCUUCCUGUCAUUUUGCUCCAGUCAUCAAAUUUGGCACAUUCGUUGCAACAGGGAUCACCAGAGACAAGACGACGAGCAAUUGGCCGAAUUGGAACACGCAGAUGGCGGACAACCCCAUUCAGUGUCCAGAUGGUGAAGCCUUGACAGAUACGAGUGCAGCCGCAUUGGCGGCUUGGGUGCCCAAUAUGAGUACUUUACCAGUCAGGUGGAAGUCCCUACGUUCGAUGCGAAUCCAAACAACUGGUUGA